GUCCUGAUCGAUCUCCUGUCAACUGUUUUUCCAAUGCCUACCAUUUCUUCUGUACAGUUUUAUACUAGAUUUUCUACGUCAUGUCGCCGAUAGUUCAACGAAUAGUUUUAGCAGUUUUAGCAAUCAGUGGUGUGUUUUCCACCGAUAUAGACCUGCAAACGUGUAUAGAUAAUUUUAAUGUUCACCGGGAUAAAAUAAUCAGGACGCAGGAUUCCCAAAAUAUGGGUGCGAAAUAUCUAAACGAGAUCGACCUGGGGUCCAGAGAAGAAUGUUUGAGGCUGUGCUGUGAGACCGACAACUGUGAUGUUUUUGUUUUCGAAGAAAAGAAUUCUGGAAGCUGUUACCUCUUCCACUGUGGCCCACCAGAAGACUUCAAAUGCAAGUUUACCCACCACGUAAACUAUUCUAGUGCAGUGCUAUCCAUCAACAGGCAUCUGCCAGAUUUAGAAAGUCAGAUCAAGCUCACUAAGCAUGAGCAGGAUCUCACCAAACUUAGGAGGCUAGAACCAGAAACAGAUGUCCUAAAGACCGCUGUGUUUGAUGAGAAGACACGUUCACUGUUUCCACAACUACGGUAGCUCCUAAGGAGGUAAUGCCACUGAGGAAAAGCAAGUAGAAGAAG